AAAUAAACAUAACCUACUAAACAAAAAUAUAGGAUAGUUUAAAACAACAGCCAAAAAUCACACAUCCACACAUACAGUCAAAAUGAAUAGCAACAUAACUUCACGCUUCGAUAUGGCCGCUGAGAUAGCGACCAUUGCAUUGGAUGAAUUCAAAGCGCAUCAUGUUCAUUGGAAUUACACGGGUCUGAUACAACGCUACUACCAUUUGGUUGAACGAGAUUUUGGUGAUCCCCGCGCCAUACGUUUCCCACUCAUGGAACAUCCCCUUUACACAUUCGGUUUGGUUGCCAUUUACCUGUCUUGGGUCCUUGCGAUUGGCCCGAUAUUUAUGCGCGACAGAAAACCAUUCCAACUGCGGCGUACGUUAGUCAUUUAUAAUGCUUUUCAGGUGGCGUUAAGUGCGUAUAUGUUCUAUGAGCACCUGAUGGCUGGUUGGCUCAACAACUACAAUUUGAAAUGCGAACCCGUGGACUACUCAGAUGGACCUAUGUCAAAGCGGAUGUUAAAUCUUUGCUACAUUUAUUAUCUCUCCAAAUUAACCGAAUUUGCCGACACAAUUUUCUUUGUGCUGCGGAAAAAGUCAUCACAAAUAACUUGGCUUCACGUGUACCAUCACUCCGUGACGCCAUUGGAGACCUGGGUGCUGGUUAAGUUUUUAGCUGGUGGCAAUGCGACAUUCCCCAAUCUGCUGAACAACUUCGUGCACGUUUGCAUGUAUUUCUACUACAUGAUGUCGGCCAUGGGACCAGAAUAUGCCAAAUUUCUGUGGUGGAAAAAGUAUAUGACUGAAUUGCAAAUCGCUCAAUUUGUGCUCUGCAUUGUACACACCACCCGCGCGCUCAUCAGCUCUCAAUGUCAAUUCUCGAAAUUCAUAUCCUGCCUCUUGCUACUGAACGCCUCCAUUUUCUUCUGCCUUUUCAUGAAUUUCUACAUGGCGAGCUACAAGAAGUCGCAAAGUCAAAAAAUGGCGGUGAAUGCAGCUAAGGCUAACGGUGCGACGCCGUUACAAAAUGGUUGUGUGUUAGCAACGAAAAAAAUUAUGGAAAUGAAUAAUAAUACAAUGGAUACGAUGGAUGCCAUCGGUUUGUUGGCGUUGAAGGAAAAAUUGCAUUAAUCGCAAGCCAAAUUGAGCAAAAAAAAA